AUGGACUCAUGGUGUUUUCCACACCUCGACCCCGAACCUGUAAAGCAAACAGACGAUAUGCACCGGCCAUCUACAACGGCCAUACCCAUCUUCCUCGAUCACAACGACGGCGCGGCGGCUUGCCCACGAGCAUACGAGGCACCGGUCACAUAUGAAGAGCAUUGCAUCAACGACGCAGCGACUCGGGAGCGGCCUAUCGGCGAGACAAGAGUAAGAGGCAGGACUGCGGCAGGGCUUUGA